AUGUCACGGGGAAUUGAGCGGCAGUUAACGGGAGUCGUCCAGUACGAUCUCCCGAAUCCGACGGCAGCCCGCACGUUCACCGGCCCGGGAGACGCCGAGCCUGGUCAUCGCCCCGAAACGGAAAGCCCGAUCAACUUGUGCGCAUCAACGGUGGCGUCGGCAGCUUGUGAUGCUUUUCUUGUUGAUUUCGGAAAUGACCUCGAUCUCGACAAGCAGUUGUUGUUCUUGAAGCUGACGACGAUGGUGCAGAUGGCUUCUCCUUCGCUUGUCUCCCUGCUCCUGCUCUGCUGCGGUCUUACCUCCACAGGCUCCCGGGACGCUUGCGACACCUACGCCCCGGUCGGCGGGAGUUUUGCCGUGCCCCUGCGCCACACGCUGCAAAAAUCCGAAAGCUUGAAAUGGAAGCACAACAAGAUCAAGAUCUUUGAUCAAAGACCGGACAGGAUUGUUACAGGGAAGCGGGAGGAUGUUUAUGAAAAUGGAUCCCUGAAGCUGACAAGCCUGAAGAAAAGCAGUCAGGGCAAAUACAUCCCCGAGGUUUUCGAUGAAAACGGAGAAUCUGUAAUAGAGCUGCAAAGUCUAUAUUUGUGUGUGCUGGAUGCGGUGCCAAAGCUGAGCUUGAAAAUGGAAUGUGCCUUUCCCAAUGUGAAAUUCACAUGCAUGCCUGCCGGUCAGACGCCGAACGCCACUGUUGCGUGGUUUCAGAAUGGAAAAGUUUUGCCGCAGGAAAUCGGACGUACGGUGCUGCGAGUUGCCGACGAGGUGAUUCGCGAUUCGUUCGCUUGCAAAGUUUCCAAUCCCGUCGGUUCCGUGAGCAGCGAGAGUGUGAUCCAAAAGUGCAUCGCCUCGAAGUUAUUUGGCCUCGAUUUUCGGAUCAUGGUGAGCAUCCUGGCCAGCAUGGGAGGCCUUGCGCUGUUGUUGGUAAUCAUCUUAAUCGUUUGCUGCGUCCGAGCCGUACAAGAAAAACAAAAACAAGUUCAAGAGGAGGGGGAGCUUCGUUUGGAGUGGACCAAUCCCGAAGGGCAGCAACAUGGAUGUCGUCACCCACCCGAUCAGGAUCUCCAUCAUCAUCCUCAUCACCGGGAGCGCCCGGCGGGUCAAACCGGACCUCGGCAACACCGCGGCAAGCGGGACGGCGAGCCGCGGCGGCCGACGGCCGGCCCCCGAAGGGCAGCGCAGGGCUCCGAACCUGCGGGCACGGGCGAGCGGGCUCCUCCUCUUCCUCAGCCCAGGAAGAAGGCUCAAGCACCAAGAGUGUGACAAUCCCUCACCUUCAAAUAUUAUCAUCAUCAUCAUCUGACAGCAUUUAGGAUCCCUAAUUUGCCUACAGUGGAUAUAAAAAGUCUACACACCCCUGUUCAAAUGCCAGGUUUUUGCGACGUACAAAUAAUCAGACCGAGAAAAAACAUUGAAGAACUUUUUCCGCCGUGAAUGUGACCCACAACCUGCAUAACUUUGAUUAUUCUUGUUCAUCUUUUCAAGCGGAGACGUAAAAAUAAGCAAUUAAGAUAAUUGGGUUUCACGACUGUGAACCGAACAGACUCUCCGAAACACGUGGGAAAAUGUGACACGAGCCGAUCAAACCAAGCUCGAACAUUUUGGCCAUCAUUUCGAAAUAUGCACUGGGUACGGAAAGUAUUCAGACCCGCUUCAAUCUUUCACUCUUUGACAUAUUGCAACCUUUUUGUUCAAAUCAUUUCAGUUCAUUUUUGCCCUCAUUAACGUACACACAGCAGCCCAUAUUGACAGAAAGAAAACGGAAUUGUUGACAUUUUUGCCGAUUUAUUAAAAAAGAAAACUGACAUAUCAGUUACAUCAGAUACCAUAAGUAUGCUGAGUAUUUAGUCGAAGCCCCCUUGUGAGCUAACACAGCCACGAGGCUUUUGGGGAAUGAUGCAACACGUUUUUUCCCACCUGGAUUUGGGGAUCCUCUGCCAUUGCUCCUUGCAGAUCCUCUCCAGUUCCGUCAGGUCGGACGGUGAACGUCGGCGGGCAGCCAUUUUCAGGUCUUUCCAGAGAUGCUCAGUUGGGUUUAAGUCAGGGCUCUGGCUGGGCCAUUCGAGAACAGUCACGGAGUUGUUCUGAAGCCACUCCUUCGGUAUUUUAGCCGUGUGCUUAUUUUUGAAGGUGAACCUUCGGCCCAGUCUGAUGCUCCGAGCACUCCGGAGAAGGUUUUGGUCCGGGAGAUCCCUGUACUUGGCCGCAUUCGUCUUUCCUUCCAUUGCAACCGGUCGUCCGGUCCCCGCAGCUGAGGAACACCCCCACGGCAUGAUAACGGGGGUGUGUUGACUUUUCAUAUCCACAGUCCGAGAAAUUUUUAACAACACCUCUCAGUGUGAUGCGGUGGAGUUGUGCAAUCACAAUUAACAAACACGGUUUCAAUAAAUGCCUGCGUAUACA